GAAUCUGUGGACAGGAAAUAACGGUCGAAGGGAUACAAAUGCUAAAAAAAAUCCACUUCGAGUCCACUGGCGGGACUCAGUGAUCCAUCCUUCUUGUCUGUCCCAGCUCUCAAUUUCGACAUUUUUCCGGGGAGCAAUGCCUACUAAAUUGCCCCUUAAUUUCAUAUCCAAAUCCACUAUCCACCACAAGACACCCUCUAUUUCACAUUAUUCUUCUCGCCGCAGUAGCUGGUGUAGAACUAGUGGAAGAAGAUCAGCGGCGCCGUCGUGCAGCACAAGAAGCUCAGCCGAGUCCAUCAGAUGGAACGGCCGCGGCUCAGAGAAUCAUCAUCACCACCACCACCGCGUUCCUAAACUGAGCGGUGCCGGUGGUAGCAUUAAUUAUGGCGGAUUGGAUCAGGACGGCGAUAAUAAGAUGCCGAGAGUGGUGCAUUGCGAAGUGCAAGUGGUGUCUUGGCGGGAGCGGAAAAUCAAAGCUGAGAUUUCCGUCAACGCCGACGUCGAUUCCGUCUGGGAUGCUCUCACUGACUACGAAUGCCUUGCGGAUUUCGUUCCCAAUCUGGUUAGCAGCAAGAGAAUUCCUUGUCCUCAUCCUGGACGGAUUUGGUUGGAACAGAGGGGUCUGCAACGGGCAUUAUAUUGGCACAUUGAAGCUCAUGUUGUGUUGGAUCUCCAAGAAUUUAUCAACUCAGAAAAUAUUCGUGAACUCCACUUUUCCAUGGUUGAUGGUGACUUCAAGAAGUUUGAAGGUAAAUGGUUUCUCAAAUCUGGAAAAAGAGCUUCAACGACUAUGUUGUGUUAUGAAGUUAAUGUUAUUCCAAGGUUUAACUUCCCAGCAAUAUUCUUGGAGAGAAUUAUCAGAUCAGACCUUCCUGUGAAUCUUCAAGCAUUAGCCUGCCGAGCCGAAAGCAAGUUUGAGGGUCAUCAGAAUACAGUUGCUAUAAAUGCGGGUGCCAGUGCAGACUCUCUUGCUUCCCUUGUUUCAUCAAGCACAAAUGUUGAUGUUUCCAUACCUGAAAAGAAUAAAAUUUCUACUGGUGCACUCAAAGAGAAACUUGGAAAAGCUACUUUUGGCCCUGUGGCACCUGCUACUAGUGAUCUGAACAGUAACUGGGGAGUUUUUGGAAAAACUUGCAAAAUUAACAAGACAUGCACGGUGGAUGAGGUUCAUCUCCGCAGAUUUGAUGGCCUAUUGGAAAAUGGUGGUGUCCAUCGCUGCGUCGUGGCUAGCAUAACAGUCAGGGCUCCUGUUCGUGAAGUAUGGAAUGUUUUGACUUCUUAUGAGAGUCUUCCUGAGAUAGUUCCCAAUUUAGCUAUCAGUAAGAUCCUAUCACGAGAAAAUAACAAAGUUCGCAUUCUUCAGGAAGGAUGCAAGGGUCUUCUAUAUAUGGUACUUCAUGCACGUGUUAUCCUAGACUUGUGUGAAAAAAUUGAAGAAGAAAUUAGCUUCGAGCAGGUUGAGGGGGACUUUGAUUCAUUUCAAGGAAAAUGGAUCCUGGAGCAACUAGGAAGUCAUCAUACACUAUUGAAGUAUAGCGUGGAGUCGAAGAUGCACAAGAACUCAUUUCUUUCUGAAGCAAUUAUGGAAGAGGUCAUAUAUGAAGAUCUCCCUUCGAACCUAUGUGCAAUUCGAGAUUACAUUGAGAGAUUAGAGGCAGAGAAUGCUGAGAAGACACAGGAAUAUGUAACAUAUGGUGAGGCAGAGAUCAAGAUCACCCCUGACAAGGACCUAUCUGCUGACUCUAUUAGCCCAUAUGAGGAGACUUCAGAUUCUGUUAAUUCAGAGUCACAUAGACAGAGACCCAAAGUUCCAGGAUUGCAGAGGGAUAUUGAAAUUCUAAGAGCUGAGCUUCUGGGUUUUAUCUCAGAGCAUGGACAGGAAGGAUUUAUGCCGAUGAGAAAGCAGUUACGUAAGCAUGGAAGGGUGGAUAUUGAGAAAGCAAUUACUCGAAUGGGUGGAUUCAGAAGAAUUGCAUUUUUGAUGAAUCUCUCCCUUGCUUACAAACACCGCAAGCCAAAAGGUUACUGGGAUAACCUAGAGAACUUGCAAGAUGAGAUUAGUCGCUUCCAGAGGAGCUGGGGAAUGGAUCCAUCUUAUAUGCCCAGCAGAAAAUCUUUUGAACGAGCAGGUCGAUACGAUAUUGCUCGUGCAUUGGAAAAAUGGGGUGGGCUUCAUGAAGUCUCACGUCUUUUGUCACUCAAGGUAAGGCAUCCCAACAGACAACCAAGCUUUGGCAAGGAGAAGAAAUUUGAUGUAAAUGGUGAGGAGAAGACCCCUAGAGCCUAUGUUUCACAAGAUGCACACAAGUGGCUCACAAAACUAAAGGAAUUGGAUAUAAACUGGGUUGAAUGACACAUCUACAAGCUCUUGGUUGCCUUUAUUCUUUUACUCACUUGCUGAGAAUGAAUCUUGGAAAUCAAUCUUGAGAUGAUGGUGUCAAUGAAGAAAUGUUGAUGUCAUAGCUGCGGCAUGCAGAAAGGCCAUCCCAUUGUUGUGAUUGUGGGUUGAGUGAAGAAGGCAAUGUACCAAUGUAGUUUCCACACUCCCGGCAGAGCAGCUUGGUGUGGCGGCGAAAGAGACCCCACGAGUGUUUGGACCUGAAAUACGGCAAACACCGGAAUUUAGUAAUGUGGGUGAAUCUGGUCUCAUCAAUACAAAAGAAUGAGAUAACCCCUCGCUUCAUGGCCUUGUCGUAUUCCGACCCAAUAACAGAGGUAUUGCGGUUGCAGGAGCUCAGGUUCAGUGCGUAUCCGCAACACCCACACCUGCCAUCAAUAAUAAAAAGAGUUUCUUUAAUUUUCUGUAACCCAACAACAAAACACUAGUCCUCUCAUCUCAUCUACUAGAACUAGAAUACAAAUGAAAUGAAAUGAAAUGAAGAACCUGUAGCUCACAUCUCUGUCGGUACUAGUAUUCAUCCUGAUGAGAGAGGUAAACGCAGAGGCUGAGGAAGACGAAGACGACAUUAUUGCCGUUGAAUAUCUGAUGGACUCACUAUUCUCUCUCUCUCUCUGUCUCGUGUUUGGUUCGUUUGUUUUAUAUAUAUAUAUAUACACGUCAAGUGCUGCAUGUCUGACUGUUCGCACUGAAGGCUCCUAACGGUAA